CAUCAGUUCCGGUGCUGAGACAGGUGAUUGUCUUUAGGUGGAGCUGUGCGUCUUGUCCUGCCGGGUGGUCCCACCGGAGGUAGGUCUGUCAGUUUGUGUGAUCGCAACCAAGUUAAACAUCCCACGUCACUGUAAGUGAUCUACAGCCCAGUUCAAAGGACACAAGCCCUGCCCUAGAGUCUGCCAGCGAGAACAGACCUGCGUUCUUUAUCAGGUGGACAUUCUGCUGGGAGUCAGCCACUGCAACCUCGGUCAGCCUUGGAAACGCUUUCUUCUGCUGGAGCUCGCCCACCAACCACAACCAAGAUGCCCAAAACAGUCAACGCACGCGUCACCACCAUGGACGCAGAGCUGGAGUUCUCCUUCCACCCCAACACCACGGGGAAGCAGCUCUUUGACCAGGUUGCCAGGACCAUCGGACUGCGUGAGAUUUGGUACUUUGGGCUGCAGUUCGUUGACGCCAAAGGAUUCGUCACCUGGCUGAACUCUGAAAAAAAGGUGAUGGCCCAGGAUCUGAGGAAAGAGACUCCCCAGCAGUUCAAACUGAAGGCCAAGUUUUACCCGGAGGACGUGGCAGAGGAGCUGAUCCAGGAGGUCACCCGGAGGCUCUUCUACCUUCAGGUGAAGGAGGACAUUCUGGGGGAGGACAUCUACUGCCCUCCAGAGACCGCUGUGCUGCUGGCAUCCUAUGCUGUCCAGGCCAAGUACGGAGAGCAGGACAAGUCAGCGCAUCAACCGGGUUACCUGUCCUCCGAGCGCCUGCUGCCCAAGAGAGUGCUGGAACAACACAAGCUGUCCAAGGAGCAGUGGGAGGAGAGGAUCCAGGUCUGGCAUGAGGAGCACAGAUCCAUGCUGAAGGAAGAGGCGAUGAUUGAGUACCUGAAGAUCGCUCAGGACCUGGAAAUGUACGGCGUCAACUACUUUGAGAUCAAGAACAAGAAGGGCUCGGACCUGUGGCUGGGAGUCGACGCUCUGGGACUGAACAUCUAUGAGAAGGAGGACAGGCUGUCUCCAAAGAUUGGAUUCCCCUGGAGUGAAAUCAGAAACAUUUCUUUCAGCGAUAAGAAAUUCAUCAUCAAGCCUAUAGAUAAGAAAGCUCCUGAUUUCAUCUUCUACGCUCCACGACUGCGAGUCAACAAGCGCAUCCUGCAGCUGUGCAUGGGCAACCAUGACCUGUACAUGCGCCGCCGCAAGACAGACACCAUCGAGGUGCAGCAGAUGAAGGCUCAGGCCAAAGAGGAGAGGCUGCAGAAAAAGAUGGAGAGGGAUCAGCUGGAGAGAGAGAAGAAGAAGAGGGAGACCAUGGAGAGAGAGAAGGAGCAGAUGGAGAAAGAAAAGCAGGAUUUGAUGAUGAAGCUCUACCAGUUUGAAGAGACAACCAAGAGAGCAGAGAGAGAGCUUCAGGAGCAGCUGGACAGGGCCAUGAGGCUGGAGGAGGAGAGGAGGAGGGUGGAGCAGGAGGCGGCCCGGCUGGAGGCGGAGAGGAUGGAGGCCAUAAUAGCCAAGGAGGAGCUGGCCAGGCAAGCUGAGGACCAGAUAAGGAGCCAGGAGCAUCUGACGGCAGAGCUGGCCGAGUACAGCGCCAGGAUCACUCUGCUGGAGGAGGCCAAGAAGGAGAAGGAGGAGGAGGCUGAGACAUGGCACAGCAAGGCUAAGGAAGUGGAGGAGAAUCUGAUUAGGACGAAGGAGGAGCUGAACACUGUGAUGAGCUCUUCUAACUCCACUCCUCGUAAGAUUCCUGCUUCCUCCUCCUCCUCCUCCUCUUCCUCCUCGGACAACGAGAGCGACCACGAGCACAGCGAGGAGAACAGCACCUACAGCGCCGAGCUGCAGACGCAGGGCCUUGGCAACCACCGCGAGGAGGAGGAGCGACUCACCGAGGCCGAAAAGAACGAGCGCCUGCAGAAACAGCUGAAGGCCCUGAGCUCAGAGCUGGCAGAAGCGCGAGACGACACCAAGAAGACCCAGAACGAUCUGCUCCACGCCGAGAACGUCCGAGUCGGCCGCGACAAGUACAAGACCCUGCGUCAGAUCCGCCAGGGACAAACCAAGCAGAGGAUCGAUGAGUUUGAGGCCUUGUAGAAAACCUCAGAGACCUGAAGAUCUCUCCCAAAUACCUCAUGACGACCCCGUCCAGCAAUGCCUUUUAAUUAAAGUGGGAUGCCACACGUGAUUUAAAGACCCAGAAAAGCAUGAAGCUGAUCUGUGUAAGAGUACAUGAGUUCUAUUUUAUCCGACCUAACGUUUGCUUGAAAAGCACUUUUUUGUUUAGUUUUUUUUUUUUGUAGCACUCAAACAUCUCCAAUGUGCUGUUUAGUCCCAUUAAAACAUAGCAGAGAGCUAGUGUGUUCCUGUUACUGUAUGAACAAAAAACAUGACAUAUCUUAUGAUAAACCAUCAAAAACGUUUUGUUAUUAUACCAAAGGGAAGGGGUUCAAUUUAGAUUUAUUUCAUGAAUGUCUCAUAUUGCAAUCAGGGACUUUUAGAACUGCAACUUCUGAUUAUUUUUCUUACAGACACACGCAUUGAUUAUUUUCUUCUAUUAUUACAUCAUCAUCCGUCUUUAUGAUGCUCGUUUUGUCCAACCAACAGUCCAAAACCCAGACAUACUAGCAUUUAUAAAAACAUAAAUCAAAGACAAACAGCAAAUCCUCCCAUUUGAGAAGCUGAAGGACUGAUUAUCAAACAUUAAUUGAUUCAUCCGUUCAGUUUCAGAUCCUUCCACACCUGUUGUCAUAGGCAUCCAAAAAACAAUGUGAUUUAUUUAACUGGUCUUAUUAUGCUUUUAUUCACACACAAUGUGCAAAUGAAUUGGUUUUAUGAUUUUUACAUCAGAGAUACAAGCAAAAACUGCUUUUACCACACAGGAACAUCUAAUCCACUAUGUUUUUGGUGCUGGUUAUAUUUAAAUCACCUUCUCCUUUGAGUGUUGUCAUUCUGAAUUUAAAGGAUCCUUUUUAUGUAAUUAAAGUUUUUCAGGUUAUUUGAUUGACUCUAAAAUAAGCUAUUUUGUAUUUUUUUUAAAAUACAAGAAAUUGAAGUCGCAGAGCCUGUGAUAUCCUGAUUUAUAGCCUCUAGUAUGGUUCAAGCUCCAAAAAACACUAGGCCCUAUAUAUCCCAUAAUGCAACUCUAUAGACCCAACCUGCCAUCGCCUUUCAAACUCAGCAUCUCCUGUUUAUAAUGCAGACAGAGCUCAACAGGGACCGCCCACUUUUUCCAGAAGGGUUUUUCCUCGUUCACUGUCUCCAUUGACGUUUCA